AUGACAGGUUCCAGUGCUCCUCCCAUCUUGGACUUUGCACCCUUCUAUGGGGAAGAUGAAACUGAAAAGGCAAACUUGACUGCAGAAGUUAGAAAGUGCUGUCUACAUAAUGGGUUCUUUCAGAUCGUUGGCCACCGAGUCCCAGCACAGCUGCAGGAAGACAUUUUGAAAUGGACCAAGAAAUUCUUUGCUCUCCCUCAAGCUGUCAAAGAAGAGGUUCUGAAAGAUAAGAACACCUGGAACAGAGGAUAUGAGAAGAUUGGAUCGCAAAUCUUCGAACCCGGCACAGCGCCAGACCUCAAAGAGGGCUUUUACAUUGGCGAAGAAAUCUCCAAAGAGCACCCGUACUUCGUGCAGAGAAAGCUCAACAGCGGCCCGAACAUGUGGCCUGAAGCCAUGCCCGAUGUCGAGGAAUUCAAAGCCACCUCACUAGCCUACUACAAAGCCAUGCAUGCCUUGGCCAGAGAUGUUCUUGUCGUGGUAGCGCAGACCUUGGAACUUGACCCGGACUAUUUCAAGGACUUCACGGCAGAUGCCGUCGCCACGUUGAGGCUAUUGCACUAUCCCCCUCAACCGCCGGAUUCGGAUGAGAAGAUCUCGAGGGGAAUCGGAGCGCACACGGAUUUUGGAUCAGUCACACUCCUGUUGCAAGAUGACGUCGAUGGCCUCCAAGUUUAUGAGAGAAGUACGGACGAAUGGUUGGACGUGGUGCCUACCAAGGGAGCAUACGUCGUGAAUCUAGGGAACAUGUUCAUGAGAUGGUCCAAUGACAAGUAUAUCUCCAAUCUGCACCGCGUCAUCAACAAGUCUGGCAAAGAACGAUACUCAAUCCCAUUUUUCUAUAGCGGCAAUCCCGACUACGUGAUUGAAUGCUUGCCAAACUGCCGCAAGGAAGGCGAAGCGCCCAAAUACCCCCCGAUCACCGUGGAAGGAGCUAUUCUGGGAAGUUAUAAGAAGAGCUAUGGCGCGGCGGAUGAGUUCAAGAAGACUGUCGCCGCGACAGUUUCGGCGGCACCGGCCGCUGUUUCUGCCUAG